ACGGGCCAGGGCGCGCAGGGCUCCGUGGGAGCAGGGCGAGGGGGCCGCUGCUGGCGGGCCGCGCCUCGCGGCCUGCGGCGAGAGCGCGGGCCUGAGCGGGGCCUGGCGGCGCCGCGGGCGGGGCGGGUGCGGCCGGACCGGGCCUGGGCGCACCGGGAGCAGCGGGACCGGGGGGACGGCGGGGCCGGGCCCGGGCGGCUCUCGCUGCCCGCCGGCCCGAGCGGCAAACUGCGGCCGCUCCAUUGUUCGUCGGCGGGAGGUGUUGGUGUGGCGCAGCUGCGAUCGGCGGGCGGCGCCGGGCCCACCGCUCUGCCCCGGGGCUCCGCACUGCGGCUCGGGCUCACCGGGCACGCUGAGCACCUCGAGGGCUCCCUUUGUGCCGGGCCUAGCCGACGGAAAGGGAAAGGUCCGGAGCUGAUGCCCCGGCCGCCCGCCCGCGCCCGGAGAGCAGAGAUUGAAGCAAGUGAAUUGUGAUAUAACUGAACUUCAAUAGAGGGCUUUUUUUAAAAAAAAGUUGUUCCACAGUGCAUCAGAGCAAGUUACUGCUUUACUUUUGAGUGACUUACAGGUGCUUGCCUGCAUUGCAAUAAAGGACUCAUAUAUUGAGCAAGACUUAUUUAUCUCUUCAUUUUGGAGAGUCUAAUAAACUGUUAUUACAGUUUCUGUACUGACUUUCAAAGUUUUGAAGUCUAAAAAGACAUCUUUAAAGAUAAAAGCAUGAGCACGGCCAGAACAGAGAACCCUGUUAUAAUGGGUCUAUCCAGUCAGAAUGGGCAGUUGAGAGGCCCUGUAAAACCCAGCGGGGGCCCAGGAGGUGGAGGCACACAAACUCAGCAACAGAUGAACCAGCUGAAAAAUGCCAACACAAUCAACAAUGGCACUCAACAGCAAGCACAGAGUAUGACCACCGCUAUUAAACCUGGUGAUGACUGGAAGAAGACUUUAAAACUCCCUCCAAAGGAUUUGAGAAUUAAAACUUCGGACGUGACCUCCACAAAAGGAAAUGAGUUUGAAGAUUACUGUUUGAAACGGGAGUUGCUGAUGGGAAUUUUUGAAAUGGGCUGGGAAAAACCAUCUCCUAUUCAGGAGGAAAGCAUCCCCAUUGCUUUAUCUGGUAGGGAUAUCUUGGCUAGAGCAAAAAAUGGAACAGGCAAGAGUGGAGCCUACCUCAUUCCUUUACUUGAACGGCUAGACUUAAAGAAGGACAAUAUACAAGCAAUGGUGAUUGUUCCCACCCGUGAACUAGCCCUGCAGGUCAGUCAAAUCUGUAUCCAAGUCAGCAAGCACAUGGGAGGUGCCAAAGUGAUGGCAACAACGGGAGGAACCAAUUUGCGAGAUGACAUAAUGAGACUUGAUGAUACAGUGCAUGUGGUGAUAGCUACCCCUGGGAGAAUUCUCGAUCUCAUCAAGAAAGGAGUAGCAAAAGUUGAGCAUGUCCAGAUGAUAGUAUUGGAUGAGGCAGAUAAGUUGCUGUCUCAAGAUUUUGUUCAAAUAAUGGAAGACAUAAUUCUCACGCUACCUAAAAACAGGCAGAUUUUGCUCUACUCAGCCACUUUUCCUUUGAGUGUGCAGAAGUUCAUGAAUUCCCAUUUGCAGAAACCCUAUGAAAUUAAUCUGAUGGAGGAGCUGACCUUGAAGGGAGUUACUCAGUACUAUGCCUAUGUCACUGAGCGUCAGAAAGUGCACUGCCUCAAUACACUCUUUUCCAGGCUCCAGAUUAACCAGUCGAUCAUUUUCUGCAACUCCUCUCAACGGGUUGAAUUGCUAGCCAAAAAGAUCUCCCAGCUGGGCUAUUCCUGCUUUUAUAUCCAUGCUAAAAUGAGGCAGGAGCACCGCAAUCGUGUAUUCCAUGAUUUCCGAAAUGGCUUGUGCCGCAAUCUCGUUUGCACUGAUCUGUUUACCCGAGGUAUUGAUAUCCAGGCUGUGAAUGUGGUGAUAAAUUUUGAUUUCCCAAAGCUGGCAGAAACUUAUCUUCAUCGCAUUGGCAGAUCAGGUCGCUUUGGUCAUCUUGGCCUGGCCAUCAACCUAAUCACCUAUGAUGAUCGAUUCAACCUGAAAAGUAUUGAGGAGCAGUUGGGAACUGAAAUUAAACCCAUACCAAGCAACAUUGACAAGAGCUUGUAUGUGGCAGAAUACCACAGUGAACCUGUAGAAGAUGAGAAACAGUAAACAUGCAGGCUUUGAUUACACAUGCCAGAAGGUGAAGCCCUAUGAUCCAGAUCUGUGACACAUCGUUUCUUUGGGGAUACCCUUCUCUUUGUGGGUUUUUCUUCAUCUUUUCAUUUCGGAACUAUGAAGACUAAAAGAGCUCGGCCUUUUUUUCUCUUUAAAUUUGGCAGCAAGGAAGAAAGAAGAUAAAAGGAGGAAUGUCUUUUUGUUUUUCCACUUGUUUGCACUGUGUGCUGAUUGAACAUUAGUUGCACUAACUGCUGGUUUUAAAUUUUGUUUUCUUUGGGCGGGAGGGUCAGCAAGGGAAGAAGAGAAACCCUGAAAAGAGAAGAAUCUUGAUGAACACGAGCUUGUCUGCUAUUUCAAAUUCUUUAACCAUUGACUGAGUGCAUUUCAACUUCUCCCUGGUUACUCAUCUGUUUUUUAAGCUAAAGAGCUUCUUACUUAUUCGUGCAAAGUGCCUUAUGCUAUGAGACCAUUCAGAAUAUCACCUUUCCAACACAGCCCAAGGAAUCAACAUCUGUUUUUGAUUUCAGGUCAAAGUUCCACUUUCUUCCCCUUCUCCUCCUUCCCAUGUACUCAAGCCCAGGGCUGGGAGGUGAAAUGUAUUGGUUAUUAGUAAUACUCCUUUUUCGUUCCAACUUACUUUUUUUAUUUUUUUUUUUUUUUUAUUGGAGGAGUUGAUAUGCAUCUGCAGUUCACCCAAACUGUAAAUAUCUGUAUUUAAAAUGAAACCAACUUAAAAUCUGGGCUGAUUAGGUGCAGCAUCAUAGCUCCAGAAGGAAAGAGUAGCCUGUGAUCCUUUGCAGGAGCCAUAAGAAAAGCCCUGUGCUCUAGCAGAACACUAAAGACUGGUUUCCAUGAGUCUUCAUUAGUAGUUACAGCACUUGACAGGUAGACUUGUUUCAGAGCCAUGGCCCUCUUUCUUCUGGUGCAGUGUGUCCCAUAGAAAAUCAGAUGUGUAUAUUGUACAAACUUUGUAAAUAUGAUUUUUUUUUCUGUUUGGGUUCAUAUAUAACUUUUUCUUUAUGAUGAAGGUUGCUGAGGUUAAAGGGAUUAGACUGAUUAUGGGAGCAGCUAAAGAUGAGAGGGGCUCAGUUUUCUGCAACACUAAACAAUGAGAAGUGCUCUGACCUCUGUGAACUGCAGGCCACCACAAGUGUCCCUUGUCAGGGUGGAUUUACUCUGGUGCUAGCAACAGUCCUGUACUGCUCGUAUGGAAGAGAUCACUUGUGGGGCUCCAAGGCCUCCAAAUCCAUAGCUCAGCCUUUUGGGAGAUGCUCUUUGAUUUUCCCCUUUAGAAACUUCAGGAACUUGACAAGCUCUUAAGGAGUCCAUGACCUGUGUUCCACCAUGGUGUGAGGGAAAUCCAGUGGGUGUCGCUGAGCAGUAUACGCGUAAGGUGUGGAUUUGGGUUUGAGAGACCAUAAAAAAACCAGCUUACGUGCAUAAACUGACAGUUCUGGAGCUUUGUGGAAUUGAUUCACUUCCUGCAAGUGCUGCAUUUUCUGCCCAGAGUGGCCUCUGUGCAGAACUGUGAGCAGGUAAGGGCAAACCCCUGUUAAUGUCAGAAGCUGCAGGAAGCUGCUUGCCAUCUACUCUUGUUUGCCAUGAGUUGCUGUCUGUCAUUUUGCAUUGUAUAUUGCUGAAAAGUGCUUUCUGGUCAAGUAGUGUUGCUUUAAAUUGUGCCCCUCCCAACAUGCUUGAUGUUUGGCCUGAUCUACAGGCAAAAGGAGUGAGACAAAUCAAAAAAUUACUCUUUUUAAAAUCCCUUUUAGCCUGUUAACCACCACUGUCAGGAGGCACCUGGGUGAAUACAAUCCCUUUUGCUCAGUCAUUUAUUGCAUAUACAGAUGCUGCACUCACACCAUGCUUGCUUACCUUUGAGGCAGGAUUUAAUUGUCUUAAUUUCUCCCCAUUUUGACCCUUUUUUUGAAUUGGAGUAAAAUAGUUUGGAAUUGCAAGGUGGACUAGCCGUUCCUUUCCUUGAUGAUCAUAAAUAGAAGCCAGGUGCCUCCUGACAACAACUUUACAAGAUUGAAAGGUUUUUGUGUUCAGGAUGUUUUUCUUCUUUUUGUCAGCAGUGACUCCAUAAUUGUAGCAAAUGCUGCACUAGAAUACAAACUCAAGAGCUUGGUCUCUGUGAGCCACAUAGCUUAUAUCUGACUGGCAGGUACUAAAUGUAAACAGUUUUGGGGUGCUUUUUGGGGGUGGGGGGUGGGAGCUUCUGGGUGGUAACUUCGACCAAAAGUAAAAUCUUGCUCCUGUACUGCAGCCAGCUUAUGAUUUUCCAGACAGAAGAGGGAUCAUUUUAAUGCAACAAAGAUAUGAAAAUGUAAAUAAAUUUUGUAUCUCACCAGGGCAUGCACAUGUAACAAGAACAGGAUAGCGAUGUCAAGUCGGGUGUGUGUGCUCUGCAUGGAUUUGUGGUAGGUUAGCCUGGUGCCAUGCAUUGAUGGUCCCUCUUGAAGCACAGAACUUUUGAAAGUAUUACUUUAAAAUUGGCCUCUCAUUGAGGAAUGGCACUUACCUAAACUACCGGGGGCACCAUUUUUAGGUGGCUUCUUGUCAAGAAAGAAGCAGCCUAUUUUUGGUGCUAGUAGGCUAUCUCAAACUGAUGCGAUCUUGCAAAUGGAAAGAUGCUCCAGAAGACUAGGAUAAUCCUAGUUUUUUUUUUGUUUUGUUUUGUUUUUAUUUUUUGUGUGUGGGUUUUGUUGUUUUUUUUUUUUUUUUUUUUUUUUUUUUUUUUUUUUUUUGUUGUUGUUGUUGCUUUUUCUUCCCCCCUUUUUUUUUGUUUAUUUGUUUGGGGCUUUUGUUUGUUUUUAUUAUUUUGGUUUGGGGUUUUCUUAGUUGUUUUGUUCCCUACCCAAAAGUAAGGAGUGUGUAUAAAUCUUGGCUUCCUGAGACUUCUUGUGAGCUCCAGUUUUUGCUGGUUAUCAGCCUUUACGGAUGUAUUAGUCAGAACCUUCAGUGAUGAGCCCAAGGUCAAAUACUUCCUCUGACAGAGUUGAUGAGAAUGAGGAUCUGAUGUGUUCUGCAUUGCUUUUUUGUUGGAAAUCUGAAAGUGUCACUCUAUAAAUCUCUGAAAUGGGGCUUCACAACUGUAUGAGGUGGCUGUGAAGAAGGAAUCUUCAGCCCCUUGAGAGAACCUAUGGGCCAGUCUGAGUGUCCACUGUCAGGUGGGCACUGUAGCUGCUGGAGGCCUUUUCCCAAAGGGAGGGGGGUGGGUUGGUCUCAAAUACGUGUUUCAAUUUCCAGAAUGAGAUGGGAGCAUCUUUCCUUGCCGUCUGUGACUGUUUUUGUGGGUAAGAACAGGGAAGCUCAACAUGAAUUCAUGUUGUGUUAUAUGAUGGUAUCAAAUCAUCUCAUUCUGAUAUUCUGUUUAUUUUUAUUUGGGAUGGGGGGGAGGGUGUCUGCUCCAAGGAUUUAAAAAUGCUUCAAACACUUUUUUUUUUUUUUUUUUACAAAUGAUUGAUAGGACACAGACCUGAGCAGAUGGCUAUCUUGCCUCAGUUUCUGUAAGAGAGGUUACAGAGCUGUCAUGCCACAUCUCUUGAGCUGCUAUUGUGGUGGUUCUUGCCCUGAUGCUGAACUUCAUAAUGCUGCUGGGGCUGCUGGUCAUUACUUCCUGAGAACAAAGUGAAUUUUGUUCCCAGAAACUCCAGCAGUACAGCUGCCAUGGUAGAGGUUGGGCAACUGUAGUCCCUGCAGGGAGUUUUCUGCUUGAUGUGAACUUCUGGUCCAUCUUUUUCGAAUCACAGUUUAUCUUUGUAAUCAGCCAGGUCUCUGGACCAAAGACCAUGCAUCUGAACUUCACAAGAAGGCUUUGGCAGAUUAUCCUGUAGGCUUUGCUCAGUUCAUCACUGCGUUGCUAAAAUGCCUCUGCGUGGAAGCAUUGUUAAAUUCUGCUGUAGACAAGGUGGGGAGGAGGGGGGGUGGGUGGGCCGAGGGGAGUAGGGAUGUCUUUAUUAAGAUACAGCCUUGCUGUAUUUUAACCAGUAAUUUUGGGGAAGGGGUGUCAGGAGAAGAAAAUAGUCACUGUUCCCCUUAUUGAAAGAAACUGGAACUUUUAUUUCAAGAAAAAAAAUUACUUGCAAUUCAAAUGGAGUGUCAUAAUCCAGUAGACCCUCGAGAAGGGGUUGCUAUUCUAACUGGUAACCAGCAAACAAUAUGGUCUUGUCCUUCAAAACAGUCAAGGGAGGGAGGGGAAAAUUGGAUUUCUGUUAAAUUGGCAAUUGGCAAACUCUCCAGUGGAGCUCAGAUUUUGUUCAGAAUGUGUUUUCUCUGGCUUUGUAUGUGUUGCAGCACUGACUUGUGAAGAGCUUCAUGAGUUGUGAGUGCAAAAAAGAUGAGUGGAAAAAUCCUGAUUUUGUUAAUUAAACUCAAUAAAAGCUCCCUGGAACUCCCA